AUGAACAUCGAAGAAAAUCGUCUUAGCACAUUUGCAGGAUGGCCAGAAAAUGCUGCAGUGAAUCCUUCAAGGAUGGCGAAAGGUGGAUUUUAUUAUACUGGUCAUAAUACAGAUGUUGAAUGUUUCUUAUGUGGAAUUGUUAUUUCCGAUUGGGAUUACGGAGACCAAGUAAUGGUUCGUCAUCGUCAAGCUAGUCCAAAUUGCCCAUUUGUACAGGAUCCUUCAGGAACUUGUAAUGUUCCUAUAGUAGAAGUAUCUGAAAAUAUUAGAGUUCAACCACUUUCACAAUCUCCAAUUCCACCUCCAAGGAGAAGAACAAGAAGUCCAGAGGGUUCUCCAACUGGACGAAUACCAGUAGUUUUAAGUCAAAAUCCACAAUUAGAGUAUGGAACUUAUGAGCAAAGAUUAAGUUCGUUUCAAAAUUGGCCAUCGACUGCUGCAGCUUCUCCAGAAAGUUUGGCAAGAGCUGGAUUUUAUUAUCUUCAACAAGAAGAUAUGGUUCAGUGUGUUUACUGUAAAGGAAUUAUGAGAAUGUGGGAACCAGGUGAUGAUCCAGAUACAGAACACCGGAUUGGCUUUCCUGAUUGCGAUUUUUAUACUCAUCAAGACUGUAACUCAGCUGUGACAACAAUGGAAAAAGAAAAAUUGGCAAAUGUUACAUUGCUAUCAGGAACACCAUCAGAUUUGCAUAAAUUAGGAAUACAAAAACAUACUGCUCCUAAGCGAAUGAAAUAUGCAACAUAUGAGAGUAGACUGAGAUCAUUUCAAGGAUGGCCAGAAAAUCUUCAUCAAACGCCUGAGAUGCUAGUAAUAGCAGGAUUUUAUUAUGUGGGUACAGGAGAUCAAGUACGAUGUUUUCACUGUGAUGGUGGUUUAAAUAAUUGGGAGGCCGAUGAUGAUCCUUGGACGGAGCAUGCUAGAUGGUUUCCAAAAUGCGGAUUUGUAUCCAUUGUUCGAGGACAAGAUUUCAUUCAGCACUGUCUUGAUAAUAGACCACCUUUAGACCCUAUGAUAUUUCUUGGAGUACCUGAAGACGGAGAGAAUGUCACAUCUUCGACAUCUCAAUCAACCAACGUUGCAUCGAAUGCUAAUUCGAGUUCUAUGGUAGCUAGUAAUCUAAAUUCCAAUUCGAAUUCAAUUAUACGAGAAGUUACUGACGCCGAGGUUGAAGAGCUUUUACAUUCAGCACCUGCAAUUACAGCUUUACAAAUUGGAUUAAAUCUAGGCAGAGUUAAAACAGCAUUAAGACAGAGGAUGGAAAGAUUUGGAGUACCUUACACCAAUGCAGAUCAACUUAUUGAGCAUGUUCGUCACAUACACUUAUCGGAAGAGAACAACGGAUUUGAAAGUAGUCAAGAACCUUCAUCUGAUUUGGCCAAUUUAUUAAGUCAAGCCAUCACCGAACAAUCUUCAAACAGAUCUAGACCUUUACCACCGGUAACUAAUGAUCGAUCAAGUAAUAUCAAAACAUGUGUGAUAUCUAAUGGAAAGGAUAAACAGUUACCAAAACGACCUGAUAAAGAUGAAAAAUCGGAAAAAAAUUCAUCUGAUGGCCCCCUUUCACUUGAAGAGGAAAAUCGAAGAUUAAAAGAAGCUCGAUUAUGUAAAAUAUGUAUGGAUAGAGAAGUUUCAGUUGUAUUUUUGCCUUGUGGACACCUUGCUACAUGUGUUCAUUGUGCUCCAUCUCUAAGAGACUGUCCUAUGUGCCGUCAAGAAAUUCGUGCGACAGUUCGCACAUUUCUUGCUUAAAUGAUUGAAUUAAUUCGUUAAUUAUAACUAUUUAUUUUUCUUCAAAUAGAUUCUAAUAUUCAUUAUGAUACUAUUUGUUUCGUAAAAUUUGAAAAAUAAGUUAAAUUAGAAAACAAAAAUACAAAUUAUCAGAGUUACCAAAGAAUCAAUUUUAACAUUGAAUCGUAGAUUAUGAAUAUGAAAUCGUUACAUAAUAUUUCAUUGAUACCUGAUUUCCUGUCGGUAGACCAAAAAGUUAUCAUGUAAAAAUACAUAUAUAUGAAUUGACAACUAUAUAUAUAUAUAUAUAUAUAUUUAAGAGAACAAGAAUAAUUAAUAGAAACAAAAAAAAUAUCAUGUACAACAGUAAUGCUACUUAUUGUUUGUCAAUUAUUUCUCAAAUUGUAUUCUUUAUUAUUUACAAUGAAUAAUUUACGAAAUAUGUUUUAAACAAAUGUGUAAUAGUCAAUUAACAUUCAAUGCAAAUUCAUGAUUAUGAGGAAAUAAUUUUAUUAUUAAUAUUUAUAUUUUUAAAUUAUAAAUUACUGGUAGAGCCAAUGAAAACUUGUUGGGAAGUAAUUUAAAAUAGAUGAUAUUUUAAAAAUUCAUUUCCGUUCAAUUGAAAUGUUUUAUUUCAAUGUAUUUCCCAAAAAAACCAUUUCCUGGUAACAUUCAUAAUAAUUCUUGCUUACAAAUUAUCUAAUAACUUAAUGAUUCAUAGUUCGAAGAAUAAUGAAGCAUAGAAUUAGAUUUUUUAUAGUUUUUUGUUUAAAUUAAUGAGAAGUAAAUUAUUUUAAAGGUUUUACUUAAAUUUAUCAGUGUAUUAUAAAAAGGUUUUAACUAUUUGAAAGGAAAAUUAAAAAAUGUUAGUAAAUGAUAAACAAUUGAUCGAAAAUCUGUUGAAAAAAAUAACACUCCAAACAUAAAUAUAAUUUAAGUGUAAUAUAA